AUGCGACGCUCCUCAAUGACCAAGCGUAGAGCAUGCUUCAUAGCAUGCAUUCUCCCUUGCGCAGCAGUAUACUACUGUCUAAAACACACCCUGUAUCUCGUCGAAGAAACUCUCGAUCUUGUAUACAGCGCCCAACAACGCCACCGCAUUAAGACGCGCAAGCGCCCUAAAUCAAGGCCUCUAGCUGUAAUCCCGACCGUACCCAAGAAAACAUCCGCUUCUGCCCCCACCAAAACUUCCUUCCUACAUCUACCCCCGGAGAUUCGCCUCAUGAUAUACCGCCUAAUUCUCGGGGACCCGGCCAUCAUGCAAGUCCGCCCCACGUACUCGGUAUGCGGCCCCCGCCCCGAGACAUGGGCGCCUAGACAGGGGAUCCGCGACGACGCAGACGAGCCGAGCAAGGCGCUCCGUCUGACCAUUGGUCUCGGCGGUUCGCCUCUGCGCCAGUUAGUCUCGCCGCCGCGUGCCGGGUGCGUCGUCUACGGAUGCGUGUCGCAGCUGAUCUGCGGCGAAACGCACUGCUUCGCCCUGACUCGGUACCGCCGCGACGAAGCCGUGUACUACACGGACUUGAUGCGCACCAGCCGCGUCGUGUACGACGAGGCGUUGGAUCUGCUGUACGCGGAACACACGAUUUCGUUGUUCGGGGUGGAAAUGGCGCGGUACUUUUGUCGUAAUGCUAGCCCGGAGGGUAUGAAGCGCAUACGCUUUGCGCAUGUGGCGCUUAUCAUCCCGUCUUCGAGCUGGAAUUCCCCGUUGCAGAAGAAGAGUGUCAAGGAUACUAUGAAAUUACUGCGCGACUCGCUGCCGCAUUUGCAACAGCUGGAUGUUGAGGUGGCGGUGACGUGGGGGCAGCCGAAGAACGCGGGGCGUUUCUGGAGCUGGUUGACGGGUGAUAGUGUGCUGGGGCAGUUUCACGGGCUGGAGAGGUUCGUGCUGAAGGCGUCGGCGUAUUUGCCGUUUACGAGGCGGCCCUAUGGGAACUGGGCGGCGUGGACGCCGCAGUAUGAGCUUUUGGAGUCGUGGGAUGAUGGGGAGUAUCAGGCGUUAAAGACGAGGGUGACAGGUUUGGGUGAAGUGGCGGCAUACUCUUAA